AUGAAAACGCCGAAUUUUGCCUGUUUCUUCGAUAUUGAUGGUGUUAUUACACAAGGUCCGAAUUUCAUUACAGUUGCUAAACAAGCUAUUCAAACAUUGAUUCAGCUUAAAGUACCUGUUGUAUUUGUUUCAAAUACAUGUAUGCUCGAAUCAGAUAAAGCAAAACAAUUAUCAGCUGUACUAGGAGUAACUAUUCAACCUGAUCAAGUUGUUCUUGCUCAAACACCGAUGCGUACAUUAACUGAUUUUCAUAAUAAACAUGUUCUUGUUUCUGGACAAGACAAAGCUGAAGACAUUGGUCAAAUGAUCGGUUUUAAAAGUAUAACAACAAUUGAAAAAGUUUGUGAAGCAUUUCCAGAAUUAGAUAUGGUUGAUCAUAUGCAUCGGGUUAGAUUAAACGGCAGUCAAAUUUGUAUCGUUCCUGCUACGGUUGUCAUGGGAAUUCACGAUCAUGCGCCAAGUAAUACUUUAAACACAGCCGUGACGACUAUUGAAAGUGCUUCAAAUCUUGAUGAUGGUUGUCAGACAAUACCAUUCGAAGAUUCGGCAUUAAAAAGUAGAAUUCACAAUUAUAUCGACACAUCCAAAUUCAAGAAAAGUGUUCGAGCUCGACUUAUGGUGCAUCAAGUAGUAGCCGGUAUUCGAGCUGCUACAGAACUCUCGUUUGAUUUUAUCGUUCUACUCAGCCUCGCUUCGAUGCUCGCCGGUUUUGGACUUCUAGAAAACUCGUCGAUAAUUAUUGUGGCCAGUAUGCUGGUUAGUCCACUGAUGAAUCCGAUAAUGGGCAUCGUAUUUGGUUUAUCAGUACGUGAACAUUUGUUGUGGCAACGUGGCAUUCGAAACGAAUUGAUUGGUCUUUUUCUUUGUAUCUUGUGGGGUUUUGUCAUCGGUUUGUGUACAACACAUGCAGAAACCAGAUGGGGAAGUUCAACGAGUUUUCCCACUUCGGAAAUGAAAGCCCGUGGUGAUCUUAAACGUCUGUGGGUAGGUGUUCUCAUUGCUUUACCAAGUGGUGCAGGUGUUGCGUUAUCAGUCCUCGGUGGAAACACGGGAUCAUUGGUCGGUGUGGCUAUAUCUGGUGCUAUCGAACAAAUCAAUAAAGAAAUACAUGAACUUAGUGGUACAAAUGAUACAUUAAAUCGAAUGAUGUCUAAAUUGAAUACUGAAAAAACAUCAAUAGAAACUGAUUUACGUGUUGAAAAAGAAUUUCAUCAACGUCUUCAAGAAGCAUUAGCAAAUGAAAAAGAAAAAGUUUCUACACUUCAUUUUGAUAUUCAUGAAUUAAAUUCAAUAGAACAAGAAUAUGAUUCAUAUAAAAAAGAAAUGAUUAAAAAACAGAAUGAUUUAGAAAAAAGAUUUCAUGAACAAGAAGAAACAGUACGAGAAUUAGGCUUAAAAUUAGAAGGAUAUAUUAAACGUGAAGAUGAAUUUCGUGAAAAAGAUGUUUUACAAACAUCAACAUGGAUGAAAGAUGAAGAUGUUAAAGAAUGUUGUCAAUGUAAAAAAGAUUUUAAUGCACUUCGACGAAAACAUCAUUGUCGAAAAUGUGGUCAAAUAUUUUGUGAAGCUUGUGUUUGUACAAAAUUAACAUUAGUUGGUUCAAAUAAACCAGUACGUGUUUGUGAUAUGUGUUGUACACGUGUACUUGCACAAUGUGUAGUGAAUAAUCCAUGA